CUCCCUCCCUUUUCUCUCUCUCUCUGUUCAUCACUAUUAGCUCAAAACGAUCCUCGUACCAGGAUCAUCACAAUUUCAAUUGGAAGUUUGAUGGAUUUUGAGGUUGAUGAUGAUGUCAACAGUGAGGAAUUAUUGAAUUCUGCUGACAUGGAAGGCAGGAAAGGAGAUGAAGAUGGUAUAGUAGGAUGCUCUAUUGAAGGGGUAUUUCAGAACAACCAUGAUAUUAAAAUGGAUCAUGAUGAAUCAGAAAGAGGGAUGCUUCCUUUGGAUGGGGCCCACACAAUUAAUGACUCACUUCUUGUGGAAGAACCCUAUGUUGGGCAGGAGUUUGAGUCUGAAGGGGCAGCACAUGCAUUUUACAAUGCAUAUGCAACGAGAGUGGGAUUCGUUAUCCGUGUAAGCAAGCUCUCUAGAUCAAGGUGUGAUGGAACUGCCAUAGGAAGAGCUCUUGUUUGCAAUAAAGAGGGUUUUAGGAUGCCAGACAAACGUGAAAAAAUAGUCCGACAAAGAGCAGAAACACGGGUUGGUUGUAGAGCAAUGGUUUUAGUUAGGAAAGUAAGUUCCGGCAAAUGGGUAAUCACGAAAUUUGUCAAGGAGCACACUCAUCCGUUAACACCUGGAAGAGGCCGCGGGGACUUGAUUUAUGACCAAUACCCGAAUGAACAUGAUAAGGUUCGUGAACUCUCACAGCAACUAGCAACCGAGAAAAGAAGAUCAGCCACCUACAAACGGCAUCUGGAAAUGAUUUUCGAGCACAUUGAAGAACACAAUCAAUCUUUAUCAAAAAAGAUUCAAGAAAUUGUAAACAACGUGAAUGAGAUAGAGUCGAACGAGAUUGAAACCCGUAGAUAGAUAGUUUUUUUCCCCGAAAAAGAACAAGGCUAAUUCAUCACAUACAGAAAUCUGUAGGAUGUCAUGGAUUCUCGGCAUUGCUUGUUGAUUUUGCAACUUUGCCUGUAGAUGCACAUUGUGAACUUACUAAUUUUAGAAACCUUUUUCUUUCAGCUUUUGAAAGAUUUUGU